UUGUCCCUCACGGGCCGCCGUGUGCCGGGUGCGCUCCGCUGCCGCGCUCGCCGCCUCUCGUCUCGUCCGUCGCCCGGCCUGGCCCGGCCGCUGCCCCGCCAUGAGCGACAAGGGCGAGCUGGACCUCACCGGCGCUAAGCAGAACACGGGCAUGUGGCUGGUGAAGGUCCCCAAAUACUUGUCACAACAGUGGAGUAAAGCUUCAGGAAGAGGUGAAGUGGGAAAACUAAGGAUUGUCAAAAAUCAAGGAAGAACGGAAGUGUCAUUUACUUUGAAUGAAGAGCUUGCAAGCAUCAAUGAUAUUGGAGGAAAGCCUGCUUCAGUCAGUGCACCAAGGGAACAUCCAUUUCUUCUUCAAAGUGUGGGAGGACAGACCUUAACAGUGUUCACAGAAACUUCAGUAGAAAACCAAUCAGAAGAAAAAUCAGAAAGUGGCAGUGUUGAUAAACUUGCCUUGGAAGGAAUAGUGGUGCAACGUGCUGAAUGCAGACCUGCAGCUAGUGAAAAUUAUAUGAAGCUGAAAAGAUUACAGAUAGAAGAAUCUUCAAAACCUGUAAGGUUGUCACAGCAGCUGGACAAAGCUGUAACCACGAACUAUAAACCAGUGGCUAAUCAUCAGUAUAAUAUUGAAUACGAGAAGAAGAAGAAAGAAGAUGGUAAAAGAGCUCGAGCUGAUAAACAACAAGUGUUGGACAUGCUUUUUUCAGCCUUUGAGAAACAUCAGUAUUACAACAUUAAAGACCUGGUGGACAUAACCAAACAGCCAGUGAUAUACUUGAAAGAAAUUUUGAGAGAAAUAGGCAUCUACAAUGUAAAGGGGACCCACAAAAACACAUGGGAGCUGAAGCCGGAAUACAGACAUUACCAAGGAGAAGAAAAGAGUGAUUAACAAAAAUAUUUAUGAUGUAAGAGUGAUUGCACUGAGGGAUCUGUGGUGUUUAGGACUGAGCACAGUGCAUUUCUGCAAGGAUAAAGAUAAAUUAAAGCAGCUAAUACUUUGUAAUUUUCUGUAGCUUUUUUCCACAAGGAAUAUUUCUUGUAUGUUUCUAUAUAUGCUUUGUCUUUUGACAGGAAAAGUUUAUAGAAUAAACUUGUAUUAGAUUUAUCUUUAUUAGAAAUCUUCUGAGUUCUCCUCUUACUUUUUCUUGGUAGCUUUGUGGCUUUUCCUAGUCUCGAUAACAUUGAUGGAAAAUGUGUCUUAGAGGAAACCAUAACUUUGUGGGUUUGCAUUCCAGUGUAACCAGGUUAAUAUCCUGGGUUCUGCUGGGAUCUGUCAGGGCUUUGCCUGGAAGCCUGCAAAUGUGCACAACCCUUUGUGCAGUGUUUGUGUGGAAUGGACAUGCCACUCCUCCUGGUAUGAGGCUAUAGGAAGAACAGCCACAACCAUGGUGCUCCUCAAAAUCCUUAGACUCUCUGGGAACAAACCAAUGCAGUUAAAUACCCAUAAAGUCAGUGGGAAGAUGUCAGUCCCCUCCAUGUGAUUGCUGAGAAAAAAAUGACAUGUCUGUUCGGUACAGGAAGGAACAGUUUUCUCUUUUGUUUUGUUUUUAUGCUGAUACCUUUGUUCUGUUUAAGCAUAUCAAUAAAUGUAUUAUUUUAAUUUGUACCACACAA